AUUUUUGCUCACUACAACAAAGCUCCCUUAAAACACUUUCCCCUCAAAACAACUCUCAGCAAUGGCAACUCGUCCACUCGUUCUUCUCUCCACCACAAGAGCGACCCUUCAUCUCCUUCUUCAAUCUCCAAAGAGAUCCUUCACUUCGUUUUUAUCAUCUCCCGCCGUGAGAAGCUCCAGUUCGAGAUGCGUAAGCGCCGUUUUGUCUCGUGGAGAGUCUACCACGCCGUCGUUGAUUUACGGCAACGGAGUUUUCAGGGCUUCUGGGUUUGGUGCUGUUGACAUUCGCAGCCGGAAUCUGAGUACUAGAUCCUCUCAAAUCAACGAUGCUGGGUCGAUUGAUCAAACCCUUAUGCAAUCCAUGGAGCAAAAGAUCAAAGAACAAUUGAAUGCAGAGUCUGUUUCUGUCAUGGAUAUGUCUGGAGAUGGUCGCCACGUUUGCAUCAAUGUGGUAUCAUCGGCUUUUGAGGGACAAUCUGCAGUGAACAGACAAAGGAUGGUCUACAAAGCCAUUUGGGAGGAGCUUCAGAACGUAGUUCAUGCCGUUGAUCAAAUGACAACAAAGACUCCUUCCGAAGUUUGAAGCUUCAAGUUUUUAAUGUCACGAAGCCAAAUCUAUUAUUUGAACAGCGGACAAAGCUGUUUUGUUUUAUCAAAAACAAAUUUGGAUGUUUAUUUUUGUUGUUGAUGUUGGUGUGUUA